UAUAUAUGAAUGGAGGGAUCAAAUGGAAAAGUUCAAGGAAUCACAAAUAAUUUCACUGCCAAAGAAAAAAAAUAAUAAUAAUAAAAACAAGAGGAUGGCGCAAAGCGAAACUAAUGGGAGAACUGGACCAAAUCGCUAAAAUAUAAAGAAGGGGGUGGUGUUGUUGACUUUGGAAGGUUUUAUAUCUUAGCGAGCGAAGAGAGUUCCAGGCCAGUACACUUUCUGGUUAAUCUUUCCGAGCUGGUUUUGGCAUCCAAAUCCAAAGCCUUCAUAGCUGCCAAAGAAACGAAUAAAAAGGAGAAAAAUCCAGCUAGCUAUGGUCUUCACUGCAAAAGAGCAGAAGUAUGUACUAAACCGCUUGGAAGAUAUCAGCAAAGCGACUAGAAUUGUUCUUGUUGGGGAUCAUGGAGUGGGAAAGACACGGAUAGCCAGAGAGAUAUGCGAUUCUCUGGUCAAAAACAACUUAAUCUCCGGCUCUCUUUGGCUAUCUCUGAACAGAAAAUACAAUGUCGACAAAGACAUUGCUCAACAGUUGUCUGUGUUUUCGACAGCCGAACAGGAGUACCAGGAUGACGAGACCAAUAACGAGGAGAAGAAGAAGGAGCUGGAGAGCAACUCAGAAGAGUACCUGAGGAAAAAAAUUAGGAAAAAGCUUGAAAAAAUCAAACCCACGAAGGAUGAGGAAAAGAAACAUAUUCUUCUUGUUCUUGAUGGUAUUCCUGCUAAGAUAAAGUACAAAGAGCAAGAAGAUAUCAUUUCAAAGGUGAGAAGAUUGCUGCCUCAGGGAAAACAACUUUCAUUGAAGCUCCUAGUAACCAAAACAGUGAGCAAAAUGGAGUAUAUAGUAAAUUACUUGAAGGAGGAUCAAUCGGACACAAUUAAACUUGAUGAGAGUCCCGGAGAGGACAAAACAGGAAUUGUCUCGGAGAUGCAUGAAUUCUUAAAGCAAAAUAACUCAGAUGAUAAGACAAAAACAAAGACGGCCAAAGAGAAGUGCUUACUUUAUAAGGCCAAAGAGAAGUGCUUACUUUAUAAGCCUCUUAGAGUAUCUUUGAGCCAAGAAAAUGAUGUGAGGUAUAUUCAUGGAGAAAUUGCACGUCAGUUGUAUGCUCAGGGAUGUGGAGAUGGUAUCGAAAAAGUGGUGGGAAAAAAGGAGAGCUUAGAGGAUUUGAAAAAAAUGAUAUGGGAAAAGCUUCAAGAAAUGGCAUCACCUAAAGAUGGAAACAAGAAGUAUGCCUUACUGGUGCUGGAGGAUGUUCCCGAUGACAUGAAGUUUGAAGAAGUCAUUUCAAAAGUGGAUUCCUUGAUGCCUCCAAAAGAAGAACAACCAUUGAGGCGUCUGAGAGAACAAUUAUUGAAAGUUUUAGUCACUAGAAGGAAUACGAACAACAUUUCCAGUGCAUUAAUUCUUCAGAGAAAGGAGGAAGUGAUUGAGAUUGAACCUUUGUCAACGGAGGAGGUUCUAGAUGUACUGCUACUGAAAGAAAGAAAAAAAUCCCUUUCUGACAGCAUCAAAACACAAUUUGAAAAUAUUUUUAGCACCAAGUUGCCUGCUGCUGUAGUGUUCAUGACAGAAGAGGCCAUGAAAGGCAUUGGAGAACAAGAUUUUUGCACUUCAGCGUUAGAAAAUCUUCUUUUAGAAGCAGCAAAUAUUGAGGAAGCAGACAAGAUCAAGUCACUCGCACGGUGUGGGUAUGAGAUGUUGCCAAGUGACAAUGUGGCGAUCAUCAAGUGCUUUUGGCAUAGCAGAGAACUCUUUGUCAAACCUGAGACUGAGAGUAUACCUGAAAGCAUCCAUUACAAUGAGUUGAUCACCUACUGGAUAAUGGAGGGAUAUUUUGACCCUAUUGACCGUAUCGAAAAGGCUUAUGAAAAGGGUCAUCGUGUUUUGAUGGAACUUCAAAGACGCCGCAUUCUGAAAUUACAAGAAGAUGAGUUUGUAAGCAUGGAAAGAUUGGCAAUGGAUGUUCCUGAUCAUCGACGGAAUGGAGUUAGUGGAGCAGCUUGUUUAGGAUUGAAUCAAUUGACUGGGUCAGGAAAAGGAGGCUUGGAAUUGGAUCUUGGGAGAAUUACAUUAGCGGAUGGUAUGUUAAAGUCAAUCCGCAAUCGAAAUAAAUGGGAAAAGUUCACCACGCUAGUGAUGGAUGGAAGUCGACUUCACAGGGAAGUUCCUAAGGAUUUUUUUAAGCUCAUGCAAGAACUUAAAGUUCUUGUCCUGCUGAAACCCAGAUUGAAAUCACUGGACUUUUUGGAAUCACUAGUACUCCGCAUCCUUGUUCUCAGAGGUUGUGAAAUGUUGGAGAACAUUGAUCAUAUUACAAAACUUGAAUCCUUGGAGGUUCUAGAGAUAUCCGGUGCCAGUGCCCUGAAGGAAAUUCCAGAUGAAGUUUUCGCGAAAUUGACGAAACUUCAAAGCCUAAAUCUUUCAGCACUCCCCAUCAAAUCUUUAGGUACUUCCUUUUCUAAACUGGCAGAACUGCGAUUGCUCAUCCUCAGGCACUGCAUUUGCUUGGAAGAAUUGCCAAGCUUGACAAAAUUCCAUAAACUAGAGGUGCUUGAUCUUUUUGGUGCUAGUUCUUUUAAAGUAUUUGGAGAUGGAGAGUUAAACUCCCUUCUGAAUUUCAAAAUGCUUGACCUUUCCCAUACCCAGAUUGAAAAAUUACCAGUUCUGAACAAUGCUCGAGCACUCACCCAGCUUUCAUUAGGAAAUUGUAAAUCCUUAACUAACCUGCGCAAGCUGAAAGAUUCGUCUGGUCUCCAAAUUCUUGAUCUUUCUGGUGCUAUUUCUUUAAGAGAAGUCCGCAAUGAAUUACUAAAUGAGAAAAAAGCCCUCAGAAUCCUUGACCUCUCGAGAACCAAAAUUAGUAGUUUACCUUCCAAUCUUAGCAGCCUUUCAAGUCUUGAGGUGCUUGAUCUUUCCCACAUGUCCUGUUUCGACGCAACCCAAAAAAGAAAACAUGGAAAACAGGAAUUUGAGAAUGAAAUUGAUAAAAUUGACUUUGAGAAGUUGAAAUGCCUUCGUCAUCUAAACUUAUCAAAUACCAAUGUCAAGAAACUUCAAUCUCUUGCCGGCCUCAGCAACCUUCGUGAGGUCUUACUAACAAAUUGUCAGUCAUUAGAAGAGCUCCCCAAACUGGAAGGACUAAAAAGACUUGAGAUUCUUGAUCUUUCAGGUUCUUGUUUACUGGGUGGUUCAACACCAGAUAUGGACUUUGGAAGUUUUGGUUGUCUUCGUCGCCUCAACUUGUCAAAAACAAAGGUACAAAAACUUCUCUCUCUUUCGGAUAGUCUUUGUGAGCUCUUGCUAAAGGAUUGUGAGUUAUUGAAAGAACUUCCUAAUAUGGAAAGACUAAAAAGACUUGAGAAGCUUGAUCUUUCGGGUGCUAGUUCACUGGAAAUGAUACCAGAAGGAUCAUUUAGCCAAAUGAGCAAUCUUCGUCAGCUUUUACUACCAAAUUGUGAGAAGCUUUGCAAGUUGCCAGCCUUGGGCCCCUCAGAGAAGCUGGAGGUCAUUGAUCUCUCGGGUUGCAGUGCUUUAACAGAAAUUGAAGAUGAUCAAUCCUUUGAGCACAUUGCAAGCCUUAAGCAACUCAAGCUCUCCGAAUGUAAGAUUAAACACCUGCCUUCCGUUUCUAAUCUUAAGAAACUGGGCGAACUUGUACUUGGAAAUUGCAGCAACUUGGAAAAACUUCCGUCUUUGGAGUCUCUAUCAAAUCUGCAGCAGCUCGAUCUAUCUGGGGCGAAGUUCUUGAAGGGAAGUGAAGUUGAGUUAUUAGAGAAAAUGACUAAACUCCGCCAACUUUCGCUGAGAAAUUGUUCAAGUCUAGACCAGCUCCCACGUCUGGAAAAACUUGUUCACUUGGAUAGACUUGAUAUUCAGGGAAUUACAGUCAAAGAAUUCCCCUAUUGGAUCUCAAAGUUGAUUCAUCUGAAAAGCCUUCAUUUGCCAGACUUGAAGGAAAUCCAAGAACUUGACUGGGGCAAGAUAAAGCGCCUACCAAAUGUGCUAAACUGGGAUGAAUGUGGCAUCUUCAUGAAUCCUAAUAUCCAUUCCAGCAGCGGCUCCCCUUUUCUGUCGGUAAGUGGUACAGAAAUUUUCCGUUUCAUAAACAAGAUUUGGGACAAAUGCUUCAAAGAUAAAGAUAAGUUUCACAUUUCAGUCUGCUCUUCUAGUUUUAGUGGGAAAGAUGAAUAUAUCCUUUGUCUAAGAGAUGAGUUUCAAGAUUUCCACUUCAAGACCCUUUCUUGUCCUGAAAGGAAUGGUGGGUCUAUGGAGAUUCGUGGAUUUGAUAAGGAAUUUCCAUCUGGUGUUGAGGAAAUCCUUAAGCAGUCCAUAUAUAUCUUUCUGACUGAAAACCAGUUCAUAAAAAACUUAUCAGAUAUAGGCCAAAGCAAUAUAGCUUCAAUGAAGGGUUUAUGGCUAGAGAGUUGUGGCAACAUGGAAAGACUAUUUUGUGAAAAGGAAGACAUCAGAUUGAAUCAAAGUUUGGAAAUUCUAUGGGUCUCUAACCUUGUUAACCUGGAUAGCUUGUACAAAGGGAAAGUCCAAGAUGAGAGCUUCAAGAACUUGAAGCACUUGUAUAUAAACUGUUGUCCAAAACUUGAAAACGUUUUCACUCCACAACAGCUGCCAGAAAACCUUGAGAUCCUGGAAAUUAAGUUCUGUGAUAGAUUGAAGACUCUGUUUCAACGUAUUUCGGAGGAGUGUGUAUUGGAGAAGCUUCGGGAAUUGAAUCUGGUAGGACUCCCGGAGUUGAGCAACAUCGGAAUCAGAUUUCCAUCACUGCAAAACAUUAAGGUCAGAAAUUGUCCCAUCUUAGAGAAGCUGGUAGAUUUGGACAACGAAAAUGACUUGCAGCAAAGAAUACGAGAAUGUUUUGGACUAGUGGAAAGCGCACGUGUUGAAGUUUAUGGAUCUCCCCACAAGGAUAACCUUGGCAUAUGUUUGAUGGGCCAACAAACAGAGCCUCAGAAUAAUCUGAAUUCAACACCGAGUUAG